GUACAUUGCCUGCCCGUCGCAUUAUCAAAGCUCACAACUUUAUAUUGAGUCCUCAAUUGUUUCCCAAAUCCAACUUUGAACCCAUCAAUCAACAAUUAUUGAAUAAUGAGAACUCGAAGUGCCGAAAAGAGGUCUGCCGGGAAAAAUCAAAUCCCUGCCGAGCCGGUGGUUGCCGAGCCUAAGCGUACUCCUCCCUCUAGGGCUAAGAAAUCUAAGACCCUUGGAUCCAAAACAUCACCCGCAGUUGAAGAAGCAAAAGCUUCAGAUGCAGAUGGGGCUGCUCAGUCAACACCAGUAGCAAAACCCGCGUCAGGUAGGAAAACUGCUCGAAGGGUUGCGAGGAAGGUGGUAAAGAAAAGUCUUGCUUCUUCUAAAACUACUUCGGAUAAAACACCUAUAUCAGAAGGUGCUGGAACGGGAAUGCUUGAAGAUCCUGUCGAAGAGAAGGAUGGAGAAGAUUCAAAGGAAGAUCAUGUCAAAGAGAUAGAUGCAGCAGAAUCAACGGAAUGUGUCAAGGAUGGAGAGACAGAGGACUCGAAGGAAGAUCAUGUGAAGGAGAGAGAUGUACAGGAAUCAAAGGAAUCUACCAAGGAGGAAGAGACAGAGGACUCAAAGGAAGUUGACGUGAAGGAGGGAAAUGCAGAGGACUCAAAGGAAGAUCCUCUCAAGGAGAAAGAUUUACAGGGCCCAAAGGAAGAUGCAGUGAAGGAGAAAGAUACGGAGGACUUAAAGGAAGAUAUUCUCAUGGGGGAAGAUGCAGUGAAGGAGAAAGAUAUGGAGGACUUAAAGGAAGAUAUUCUCAUGGGGGAAGAUGCAGAGGACUCAAAGGAAGCUCGCGUCAAGGAGAAAGAUGCAGAGGAGGCAAAGGAAGAUGUUGUCAUUGGGGAAGAUGCAGAGGACUCAAAGGAAGUUCCUGUCAGGGAGGAAGAUGCAAAGGAUCCAAAGGAAGAUCCUGUCGACAAGAAAGAUCUACAGGACCCAGAGGAAGAUUGUGCUAAGGAUAAAGAUGCAGAGGACUUAAAGGAAGAUAUUGUCAAGGAGGAAGAUGCAGAGGACUCAAAAGAAGAUGCCAUAAAGGAGAAAGAUGCAGAGGAGUCGAAGGAAUAUGUUAUCAUGGGGGAAGAUGCAGAGGACUCAAAGGAAUAUCCUGUGGAGGAGGAAGAUGCAGAGGGUUCAAAGGAAGAUGCCGUGAAGGAGAAAGAUGUAGAGGACUCAAAGGAAAGUCCUUUAAUGGAGGAAUAUGCGGAGGACUCAAAGGAAGAUCCUAUCAAGGAGGAAGAUGAAGAAAACUCAAAGGAAAAUCCUGUCAUGGGGGAAGACACAGAGUAUUCAAAGGAAGCUCCUGUUAAGGAGAAAGAUGCAGAGGACUUAAAUGAUGCAGGACCAACACCCAUGGAUGAGACAAAUGAGGAAAUCAAAGAAUGUUCAAACAAUUUAGUGGCCACAGCUAAAAAUGUUGGUGAUUCCGUGAUGGAAGAUCAAAGUAGAAACAAGGAGGAUCAGGCAGUUAAUUCACAGGAGGAACCAGCUAAAAAUACUUCAGUGUCUCUAGAUGAAGUAACUGUUGUCAAUGAUGUGAGAUUGGCAGAAGAAAUUGACCACGAUGUGAGAAGUUCAGAAAAUCAGGGACCUACUGUUACAAAUGUCAAAUCUCAGGAGCCUAUUAUUGAGGAUAUGAAAUCUUCAGACAAUCAGGAACUUGUUAUUACAGAACUGAAAUCUCAGGAGGGUGAAGGAUCUAUUAAAGGAAAAGAAGGAUUGGAGUUGAGGGGAGAAAAGGACGAUGGUUUAACUCCUACAGGGGAUAAUUUAAAGGCAGAGUCUGCAGAAGAUAGAAUGGAGGAAGAUACAGAUAGGAAGAUGAAAGGAAAGGAUAUUUCUCUUGACGAAACUGGUGAAGAUAAAAUAGAGGCUUUUGCUGAUCAAGAGAAUGAUGAAGAAUUUGGGGAAGAUGAUGUAUCUGAGCACUGUGAAGAAGCUGAGACAUUGGAAGAUGAGCGUGCUCAAUUGAAUGCUCUUGCAAAGGAACGAAAAAAGAGGAAAGAGCUGGAAGUAUUUGUUGGUGGGUUAGACCGUGAUGCUGUGGAGGAGGAUCUGAAAAGGGUGUUCCAGCAUGUUGGGGAGGUAAUUGAUGUUCGAAUGCACAGAGAGUUGUCAACAAACAAGAAUAAAGGAUAUGCCUUCGUGAAGUUUGCAACUAAGGAGCAAGUUAGCCGUGCUUUGGCUGAAAUGAGAAAUCCAGUUAUACGGGGAAAGCGAUGCGGGACUGCUCCAAGUGAGGACAAUGAUACCUUAUUCUUAGGAAACAUUUGCAACACAUGGACAAAGGAAGCUGUGAGACAGAAGCUGAAAGAUUAUGGUGUAGAAGGUGUUGAAAACGUUAAUCUAGUGGCCGAUCCGAAACGUGAAGGUUUGAGUCGUGGCUUCGCGUUUCUUGAGUUCUCUUGUCACAACGAUGCCAUGACGGCUUACAAAAGACUUCAAAGGCCUGAUGUUGUUUUUGGUCACUCUGAGAGGACUGCCAAAAUAGCUUUUGCUGAACCUUUACGUGAUCCAGAUCCAGAGGUAAUGGCUCAAGUGAAGUCAGUAUUUAUUGAUGGACUCCCUCCUUAUUGGGAUGAAGAUCGCGUCCGUGAGAAGUUUAAAUGUUUUGGGGAGAUUGCAAGAAUCACGCUAGCCAGGAAUAUGUCAAGGGCAAAGCGGAAGGAUUUUGGAUUUGUUGAUUUCGGCACACAUGAAGCUGCUGUUGCUUGCAUUGAGGGCGUUAAUAACACAGAGCUGGGUGAUGGGAAUUUGAAGGCAAAAGUGCGAGCCAGACUUUCAAAUCCUCAACCAAAAACUCAGGCCGUGAAAGGUGGAAUAUCUGGAGGGUUCCGAAUUAGCCAGGGUCCCCUGGGAAGGGGCUCUCCGCGGGGAGGACAUACUUUUGGUAGAGCUAGUAUUCCGCGUGGUAGGGGCUUUAACCCUCGUGGACCUGGUCAUGGCGGUAGAAUGGGCUUUGCUGAACACAAGUUUGGUAGCCCUUAUCCUCCUUUCCGUGGAAGGUCAAACUUUGGACGAGCAGGCGGGAGGUGGAAUUUCAGUUGUGCUUAUCCAGUACCUGGUGGUCCAAUGUAUGUUGAUAGAAUGAGGCAUGGAGAUAGAGGCAAUGCAAAUGAUGCCUUCUUUAGGAGACAACAAUUUCCUAUUGAAGGACCGAACAGCCCAUUCAUGGAUAGGCACUUCGAGGACCGUUACUACCAUGAUAACGCUGGCCAUGGGUUAAAGAGGCCCUUCUCUAUGACAGACCCGAAUCUGGAUUACUUGGGGCCUAGCAGACGUCCUCGGUUUGAUCAUUCAGAUUCUGCAAGUUCUCUUCAUGGGGAUCGUUAUAGUAGAGAUAAUUUUCCUCCCGGUGGAGAUCACUACACACGUGAUUAUUAUGGCUCUGAUUAUGGCAGAGGCCCAUAUCCAUCUUUCUAUGGAGGUGGUCGUCCACAUGGGCGUGGUUAUGGACGUGGUUAUUAGUAGUCUUGAUGAGCAUCUGGUGUCUUAAGAUGGUAGAAUGUUCUUCUUGACAAUGGAAUGGGAUUUUUCUGGUGCUGCACAAAAAGGAAAGAGAAUCAGUCUUUUAACUUAUUCCCCUAUCAUCUAAUGUUUAUCUCUGUUCUUUUUCCCCCCACUGUAAUUCUCGCUUUCGGCUGUCCAAAGUUCAAUCUUUCUUAGGUUAGACUCUGCCUGUUUUUUGGGGCAUCAAUCCGGAUACGUUACUAUGUCUGUUAGAGGGAGCUUGACUAGUUACGAGCUUCUUCUGCUCUAGAUAGAAGCAGCGUUAUGGGGAAGUGGAUAUAACUAUUAAGAUAAGUCAACUUUCCUACAAGCGUUUGUUUUUGCGAGAAUAGUUACAUGUGUUAAGACCUUCGUUGUGAAAGAUUCAUAUAUGGGUGUUACUUAGUGGUCAACAUUCACACACAUAGAGAGACAAAUUUGCAGAGUCUUUCAAAAUAAUGAUAUUGGGGAUAUUACCUUGAUGGCAUUUGUGGGAUUUUGUAUGUAGGUUCAAAAAUUCAGCACUACUGUUAAGGAAAAGAUUCUCUUAAGCUAGACUCUUGUAAAAUUCGUCAAUGGAGCAGUGAUAGUCAUCGAGAUAUUUCAGUCUUUCAAGAGAAGAAGAGUAGCAUUUGGUUUCAAUUAUGAACAGUAUUUGCAAAUUGCUGUGAUGUAUUAUCUUGAAGAGAUUUGCCUCAUCAUUGUGAUGCAUUAUGAGUGACUUUGUCUACUAUAUUGUCUUGUGGGAUCGCCUUUGGCUCAAUGUAUUCUCAUGGUUGCUCUGUAACGGAAAUAUGAUGUGGUUAUAGGCCAUUUUACAGUACUGAUGAAUCUGGUGUAUCUAGAGAGCCACCUAAGCUUUUAUAUUAUAUCAUCAGGUUUCUCCAAGUUUGAAUAAAGUGUUAAGAGUUUUACUUUGAAGCGUCAAAGAAUAGAGCGCUUGGUUGGCUUAGUAGAAAUUCUUUUUUCCUUUUUCUGAUGGUGAAAAAAAGGUGUAUUACCAUCAAUAUUAGGCCCUGAUGGUUGGUCCUAUAGAAUUCUGUUGUACUAAAUGGAUGAAUGUCCCUGUUCAAGCUUGAUGAUGGAAACUCAUAGCUCCCAAUAUAGAGAAUUUUGAGGUUUGGCUUUUUCUUUUCAA